GCAGCUAAGUUGCGUUAGCUAGCUCCCCUAAAGAGCAGACAGUUGGCCCGCAGCCGGCGGAUCGUCACUUCAACUUUUGGGAAGCAACUUUUAGAACAACACGAGUGUUUAACUAAGUCGUACGUUCCAACAUCCCCUCCAAAAGUCAUGGCGUGUGGAGCCACCCUGAAGAGGACCAUGGAUUUCGAUCCGCUGAUGAGUCCUACGUCCCCUAAAAGACGAAGAUGCGUCCCCGUGUCACCAUCGACCUCAUCCUCAUCCCCUAGGAAGUAUCUUAGCAUGGAGCCCUCGCCAUUCGGCGAAUCUUCAUCCACACUUAGUGCAGAACAAAUCCUCAACAGCAUCAAACAGGAGUACAAACGCAUUCAAAAGAGGAAGCAUCUAGAUGGAGGCUACCAACAGUCAGAGUGCUGCUAUUCCCCAGAGUCCCCAUCCCAGUCGUCUACUAUGAAUGUUUCCAGCAUGCCAGGAACGUCCUCUGGAGGCGUUUCUCCCAGCAGAAGAGAACAGCCAUUAUUCACCCUCAGACAAGUUGGAAUGAUCUGUGAACGCCUGCUGAAAGAAAGGGAAGAGAAGGUGCGGGAGGAAUACGAGGAGACCAUGACUUCAAAACUGGCAGAACAAUAUGACACCUUUGUGAAGUUCACACACGAUCAGUUAAUGCGACGAUUCGGGGAGCAACCUGCAAGCUAUGUUUCCUGAGUGUGGCACAGAAAUCUUUGCAAGACGGCCUUCUCUUGCUGCAAGCUAUCAUGCGAUAUCUCAAGAAAGAAAAAAAAAAAGCUCAUCAUUGUAAGAGAUUCAGUUUAGCUAGUUUAAAUGGAACUUUUCUUACUGUGCCAUAUUUCUGUCUUUGGGCAAAGGUUUAUAUGGAGCUGUUGUCAGUUGUUACCACUCUGUUGUAAGCAACUAGGUGCUUCCUAAUGUAAAUUAAUGGACCCUAUCUCUACCAGUGGCCUAUGUUCCUCCUGCUGUACGUGUAUCUACAGUUAUCUCACUUUUGUAACGAGUCCCAGCAUUCCAGGCUUUGUCACUUGUUUUCUUUGUACAUGUAAAUAUGAUAAAGCAGCGCAGAGUUUUACUGAAGGUUUGCUGGUCAAUCUGAGAGGAAAGUGGGGAAAAAACAGUGGAACAGAGAGAAUGUUUGCCGUUUGUCCUCUGUUCAUUUUUUAAAAUUGAGCAUAAAGUGUGCUAAUUUGAUUUUUUUUUUUUUUGGUUCUCCCUUCCAGUGUUUUAUUUAUUUUGACUUUUGUUUUGCUGGUAUCACUUUGAAACCAAUGUACUUAUUGGACAAAACAAUAAAAAAUCUUUUAAGAGUU